GCGGCGCGGGACGUGCCCAGCGCGGCGUGAGGAGCGCAGCCGGCUCCCCGGGGCGGCCGGCCGGCUUUCACUCUCCGCUGUUGUUUUUUAAUAAAUCGUUGAUUUUUUUGUUGGUUUUUUUUUUGGCCCCAAAGCACACCCCAAAGCGCACCCCCGGCACAGCGCAGCGCCGAGUGGGACCGCGAGGAGUGAGCGCUGCUCGGCGGGAGCGCGGACGCGGAGGUGGGGAGCGGCCCCCGGCCCGGUCCCGGGUUAAUCGGUAACGCGGAGCAAGCCCGGGUGGAAAAUGCGCCGUGCCCCGGGCUCAGGGGAGGAGAUGGAGCCGUGCCCCCGGCCGCUCUGAGCGCCGAGCCGAAGCCGGGGAGCGUGUGGUUUGGGGCUUGGGCUUUUUUUGUUAUUUUUGCUUUUGCUUUUUUCACCCCCUCUUUUUUUUCUUUUUUUUUUUUUUUUUCUUUUACAAGAAGAAAAGAAAACCUUACCAAGAUUCUCAGAUGGCUUAGACAAAUUAAUAAUAAUCUGUGAAAAUACGAAGUCGACCGGUUCUUGAUUUCCCCCCUUCCCUCCCCUCCAGCUCCCCAGCCCACUGCUGAGAUUGAGCUAAAAGGACCGGUUUCCUGGAGGACGAGGAGAACAGACACGUUUCUGGUGGUGUAGAAGGGACCGAUGGCAAUGCUUCAGAGUGUAGCGGAGACGCAGGAGAGAGAUUCAACCUGUUAACAAAAAAAAUUAAGCAGGGGGAAAAUACCAACGGGAAGGAAAGAUAUAUAUACAUAUAUAUGUACACGUAUAUAUAUACAAUUUAGAAGUAUUCCCCAGGUGGCCACAAAGCAUGGGCUGUGUUCCAAGCACCAACCUCUCUGACAGCAGAGUGAUCUGUCACAGUAGCAAUGAGUCUGAGGAGUACAAUUUCCCUCACCAGACCAACACAACCAUGUCUCAACAGCAGCAAGGCAACCCCGUCCCAGGAUUAUUCAUUAAAUGCUACAACACAUCCACUUAUGAGGCGAGGACUAAUUCCUCUAAGAAAGACAAGAGGGAGAACAGCCAGAGCAUGGAGGCAGAGGCCCAGACCGGCAGACCCAAUGUUAAGGCACCAGUAACAGAUGUGCAGUUUGGCCCUAUGAGACUUCAUCAAGAUCAACUUCAGGUACUUUUAGUGUUUGCUGAGGAAGACGAGCAGAGUAACGGGUUCCGCUGGGCGUGUGACAAGGCUGGAUUUCGAUGUAAUAUUGCCAGGACACCUCAGUCUGCACUAGAAUGUUUUCUAGAUAAGCACCAUGACAUUAUCAUUAUUGACCAUAGACAUUCCAGAUACUUUGAUGCAGAAGCAUUAUGCAGGUCUAUCAGAACAACAAAAGCCUCAGAAAAUACAGUCAUUAUUUGUGUAGUACAAAGGCACACUGAUCGUGAAGAGUCAUCAAUAUUGCCCCUGAUCUCUGCUGGCUUCACAAGGAGAUAUGUAGAAAAUUCUAGUAGAAUGGCCUGUUACAAUGAGUUGAUUCAGCUGGAAUUUGGACAGGUGCAGGCACAAUUCAAACUAAGGGCAUGUAAUUCAUUAUUUACAGCAUUAGAGAAAAGUCAAGAAGCCAUUGAGAUCACAAGUGAAGACCAUGUAAUACAGUACGUCAAUCCUGCUUUUGAAACAAUGAUGGGCUAUCAAAUAGGUGAACUAAUAGAAAAAGAACUAACAGAAGUGCCUAUAAAUGAAAAAAAAGCUGAUUUCUUAGAUACUAUUAAUUCCUGCAUAAAGAUAGGAAAGGAAUGGCAAGGAAUGUACUAUGCGAAAAAGAAAAAUGGAGAUAGCAUACAACAAAAUGUGAAGAUACUACCUGUCAUUGGACAGGGAGGAAAGAUUAGACACUAUGUGUCAAUUAGUAGACUGUGCAAUGACAACAAUAAGGUGGAGAAGACAUGUGAAUGUAUUCAGGCUGAAUCUCAGACAGAUACUCAGACUUGCAGACACAAAGACAUGAGGAAAGGAUCCCUGGAUGUCAGAUCCACAACAUCACGUGGGAGUGAUGGCAGCUCCCAGCGGCGCCGCUCCUCCAUGGCCAGGGUCCAUUCCAUGACUAUCGAGGCUCCCAUCACCAAGGUAAUAAAUAUCAUCAAUGCUGCACAAGAGAGCAGUCCCAUGCCAGUUGCAGAAGCUUUAGACCGGGCUUUGGAGAUUUUAAGAACCACUGAAUUGUACUCUCCACAACUGGGGACAAAAGAUGAGGAUCCACAUACAAGUGACCUUGUUGGAGGGUUAAUGACAGAUGGUUUACGAAGAUUAUCAGGGAACGAGUACAUAUUGUCAGCAAAACAAACUCAUCAGGUUGCUGGCAGUCUGAGCUCUCCAAUCUCCCUCAAUGACAUACCCCCACGGAUAACACAGGCCAUGGAAAAUGAGGAACAGUGGGAUUUCGAUAUCUUUGAACUUGAGGCUGCCACCCAUAAAAGGCCUUUGGUUUAUCUGGGUCUCAAAAUAUUUGCUCGCUUUGGAAUCUGUGAAUUCCUAAACUGUUCAGAAUCCACCCUGAGGUCAUGGUUACAAGUUAUUGAGGCUAACUACCAUUCCUCCAACUCCUACCAUAAUUCUACCCAUUCAGCAGAUGUAUUACAUGCUACUGCUUACUUCUUGUCUAAAGAAAGAGUAAAGCAAACUCUGGAUCCGAUUGAUGAGGUUGCUGCACUCAUUGCUGCCACAGUCCACGAUGUGGAUCACCCAGGAAGAACAAAUUCUUUCCUGUGCAAUGCUGGCAGCGAGCUCGCGAUUCUCUACAACGACACGGCCGUGCUGGAGAGCCAUCAUGCUGCCCUGGCUUUCCAGCUCACCACCCGGGAUGGCAAAUGCAAUAUAUUUAAAAACAUGGAGAGGAAUGAGUAUCGAACCCUUCGCCAAGUCAUUAUUGACAUGGUCUUAGCAACAGAAAUGACAAAGCACUUUGAGCAUGUCAACAAGUUUGUCAACAGCAUUAAUAAACCUUUGGCAGCGCUAGAAGAAAAUGGGAAUAAUGGUGAUGGAGAAUCAAUCAAGACCGUUCUCAGGUCUCCUGAAAACCGUAUCCUUAUCAAACGCAUGUUGAUAAAGUGUGCUGACAUUUCCAACCCAUGCAGACCCAGAGAACAGUGUAUAGAAUGGGCUGGACGCAUCUCUGAGGAGUAUUUUGCACAGACUGAUGAAGAAAGGAGGCAAGGUUUACCUGUUGUGAUGCCAGUUUUUGACAGAAAUACUUGCAGCAUCCCCAAAUCCCAAUUAUCAUUCAUUGAUUACUUCAUUAUUGAUAUGUUUGAUGCCUGGGAUGCAUUUGCAGACCUGCCAAAUCUGAUGGAGCAUCUGAAUAAUAACAUUAAAUACUGGAAAGGACUGGAUGGAAGGAACCUGCGAGUCCUUCGGCCACCACCAGAAUAGCAGUUAGACCAUGGUGUGUCAUUCACUAGCCAGAUGCAUAUUUAUUCAAGUUCACUUCUAUCUGUGUGAAUUCAGAUUUGUUUUGACCUCUUCAGUAUUACAGUAAAGCUAGCCCAUGCACUUGGGGAACUUUCACAUUCAAGAGAACAUGAGGUCAGCAGUUGACUUCCACAAAGUACCAUGUGUGGACUCAGAUGAAAUAAGCCCACCAAGUGGAAUUACACUGGAUUUCUGCAGUACUUGUACUGAAGAGGGUUUAUUAUUAUCAUACUUCUGCGAUAUCUUCAUACCAGCAUGUGAAGCUGGAAGACCUUGGAGAGAAUCCUCAUAAAAAGGACAUUCACUAGAAGUUUAUCUAUUAAUAGAGACUCACAGCUUUUAUGAGAAAGCUACAUGCUUUUUAUAAGCACUUAAGACAGUUAUGUAGAACAAUCAGACAUUUAAAAUGAAUGAAACUGUCUAUGAAAGAAUUUUUGAUCUAUGAAAAAUAGAUGUACUGUAUUUUUUCACAUCACAGAAGGUGCAAUCAUUCACUUCUGAGCACUACUGAAAGUGAGUUCUCCUUAAGAAAUUUAGUAGCAAAUGUAAAAAAUAACACAAGAAUUUUUGAGGUUGAUCGUUAGCAUCUAUGAUUAAAAUGUUAUGUUUUAUUUAUUUUGUUAGAUGUUCAAUAUUUUCUAUGAAUUUAUAAAUACUUAAAAGCCAAAGCCAACUUUAGAUGCAUUAUAAAUUUACAUGAUUCAUACUCAUUAAUAUACAUUUAAUUGAUGUACAGACCUUUUAUUUUCAUAAUGCAAAUACAAAAUACUAUACAAUGAUACAUUUUUAUUGCACUGUAAGGAUAGAUGUGUAUGUUUAAAUAUUGUCUGAUUUAUGUUAAUUAAAGUAAGUUUUAUUAAAAAGGUCUCACUUGAGAAUAGUAGAAUAAACAAGAACUGUAUACUGUCUGAGCACCAGAACUGCAGUAGUUCUCCCACAAACCAGUGAGGACCACCUGAUCUUCUCUUGGCUGAAAAAUAAUAAUGUGUUGGAACUCUUUGUUUUCUCCCAUGACAUUUUAUGACUGAAUUCCCUGUUAAAAUCUGCCUUAUUUUAUAUAGUAUUUCUACAAAGCAUUCCACAGCAUAUAUGAAGAGGUGAUACUAAGCAUCUAAUGAAUUUCAACAUUUUAUAGCCAAUGUAUUUUCCUCUGCCAUAAAAGAAAAAGAACAUAAAGCCACCAACAAAAACCUUUAACUCAAGAAGUUUGUAAAGGCUGUGUACCUUCACAAUUUGAAUGAAACCUUCAUAGCAACUACCAGAAAAUAAUAAAAUGUAUAUUUUAAGAAGUGUCAUGUCCUACACAUUUCAUUUGAAAAGUAUAUGCACUUUGUAGUUUGUAGACUAACAAACACAGGAAAUUCUUAACUAAGAUACUUUUUGUCUGGGGAAGCGAAAAGUUGAGGGGGUUGAACUGGCAUGAGGGUGAUGAAAGGUGUUAUGUAGCUGGCAAGCCCCUGUGUUUGUGGCCUGCCCUUGGCAAGCCCAUCAGACCCUUGUGUGCCCUUGGACAAGUCUCUUCACAGCUACACGCCGUGUCAUGCUGUGUUCCACUGAAGGACUCGAGGAGUGUCCUGUCAGCCUUCCCCGUCGACAGAAAGGCAUCCAGAGGCACUGAAAGAGUUGCUGACUGUCAUUACUGCAGAGGCAAUGGACUUUAGAGACAUUUUGAAUCAUUCCUGAAGAAGCAGAUGCUGGGGAGAGGUGGAUGAUGGAGCAGUUCAUGGACUGCAGCAGUGGCAGCCUUAAGGCUCCUUUUCUCCAGUAGAGGAAAACUGCAUCACACCAUCAGUAUCUCCUCCACUUGUCUGCUGCAAUGAGGAUGGGAGAGGAAGUGUGGGUACCAGCAUGUGGACCCAGAGACUUGUCUGCAGAGAUACUGGUCAGAGCUCCUGAGAUGACAGAGUUUCGUCCUCCCACCUGUGUGCUGAGCUUGGUGAGACUCCCAGGAGAGCCGAAUACCAUCGGCAGGCACUGUCCCAGCACCGUCCCAAUGCUGGGUGGUGCCGGCUGUGCCAGACUCUAUUUACUGUAAGUGAGGCAGACUGUGAGGGUACAGCAGGAAUGUGAGUGCUCAGGAACAGGCAAGACGCCCAGCCACCCCUCUGGGACUGGGCUGGGAACGGCAUGCUUGACAUCAGCCAUGGCUUCUGGGGUUCAGGAGGGAGAAAGGCUCCAACUGCUCGAAUACAGAGUUUUCAGGACAUUGUGAGAGCAGAGUGAAGUACUCCUCACCUGACAACCAAGCCCUAAAAGCGAGCAGCCUCUCCCAGUCCCUCAAAAUCCACGCUGGCAGACUCAGUGCCAACAUGCUGUCCCCUGUUAUGACAGAUCUCUGACAAGGCAAGGUCAGAAAGCACAAAGUUUUAGCUGCUCUAUCGUGCCAGGAACAAAAUAAACCCCAAAACACCAACCAACCAAAAACCACACCGAAACCCCAACAAUGACAAAAAAAGUAAACAACCAAAAGCCUUGUUUUAAAAUAAGCUCUUUUAAAUAAAUGAGUGUUCUUUGAACCACAGCAGAGUACGUACGUAACGAUGUUUGUUAAGUAAAUAUCAGUGACAUGUUUAAGUCUGGCUCAGUAGGUAUUAGCAAAGUGAUAUUUGUAUUGGUUUUGUUGUAACAAGAGUCAAUCGUGUUUGUAGAAGGUGGUCUGAAAAAAGGGACUUUGGAUUUGGGGUUUUAUUUCUUCCAUCUGCCGACCAGUAGUUCUACUUUGGGACUUUUAAGUAAAAGUCCUUCCUAAUGCAUUGAAUUUGGUGAAGUUAUACUUACUUCCACUGGCUUAGUUCUGUUCAUAAUCUGCCUCAUGAGUGUUACUUUUUACCCAUGGACCCACUUCUUAGAUAAUUUUGUCUUUGAGAAGGAAAUCUGUCCUAAGUCUGGUUGCAAAUAUAUGGUCACAUUAUUACAGUGCAUACCUGAAACGCCACAGUGAUGUAGCUGAGCAAAGUUCAGAUCAACUUCCACCUCUUCUUCCAUCACUCUGCACUUCUGCACCCUGAGUUUUGAUUUACUUCUUGUGCUGCAAGCAGAGAGAGCCAGAGAGCCCCACACAGGCCUGCUCUCACUUCUUUGCCACUGUGCUGACACAGUCAUGAGAUAUUUGCAAUGUGCAAAACACCACAGAGGGACUGAGACAGCACCACAUGGCCCAAAAGCCAGUGUCUGCUUUUCCAUUUGCAGCAAAACAAAACAAAAAAACCACCAAAUAAACCACCAUCAGUUUCUAAUUUAAACAGCUAUUUAUAUAGGUGUUUAUAUUUUUGUUUAUCCUUUGACCUUUUGGUUUCUCUUUUAAGAGCCAGAUAUGAAAGCUAAGGUUAGUGCACAGAGGAACGCAAAGCAAUGUAACAAUGAUGAUGCUGAAUAUUAAAUUCUCUACCAGAAAUAAAGUUUUUUUUUUUCUGUUGGACAGACUGUGAGGAAGUCGGACUGAUUCAUAACUGUCCUUUCCUGUAUGUUAAUAUAAGCUAUCUCUUUCAGCAUGCUCAGAAAUUUUGGGCUUAAUAAAUCUUCACUGUAAACUACAUACUUUCAUGUAUGGAAGGCAAAAUGUUUAUUUCAUCAAGCAUUUUAUGACACAGACCACGAAAUAUAUCUGACUCUCACUGCACAGGCACAAUACAUUGUUCUAUUACAGCAGCCUGGCUGCAGCUUUCACAUCAGCACAGGGGCACAAGGCAGGAGGUGUUGGGGUGGCCCCAGGCAUCACCUGAUGAUUCACUUCCCAAUAUCAGAGAGGGAAGGAAGGUAAAGGAAUUUUGUUUAGAGAUUGAGAGAAAAUUUGAGUGUAUACAACCGGCUGUAAAAUACCUCCAAGGCAAGGGAGCUACCAUGCUACUUUUGGCCCAGCCCAGCCUGGAUGAGGGCACCGGUGCGGUGACUUGGGAGCUGUGGAACACCCAUCUCAGGGGUGAGAAAUCGCAGCUUCGUCUGGCCCCAAUCCUGCUGGUGGAGAACCAGGAGCUGCUGAGAGCUGAGAGCUGGUGCUGAGAGCUGGUGCCUCUCCCUCAGCCUUGCCAGAGCUGUGCUAGCAGCGAGGGUUAUUCUCGUGCUUCAGUCUGCAGGAUCAAGCCCGUAUUAGGGGAAGGGAUGGAGAUGGACAAGCACAGCAGGUGCUGCACAGGAUUGGCGGCUGCUGGAGGCAACAAUUCAGCCGUGUGUGGAUGGAGCCAUCACUGGGGAAGCCGCUCCACGGCCCCGCCGAGGGCAGGCCCUUUGUUCCCGGCUCCAGCACUGGGUGAGGAGGGACACUGGACAUGCCUUCGAUUACGGUAAUAGGGAUGCAUGGAUCACUGCUGCACAUGAGGACUGCCUGUGGGCUUCAGCUGGCCAAAACCAGAGGUUUAUGCAUGAGCUUCUGUCCUUUGCAGAGGAUGGAUUUUGCUGUGUGCUGGUAAAUUCCCAUAAGGAAAAGGAACAGGAAGAAAAAGACCCAGCAGAUAGUUCUGUCACUGCUGUAGCUGUCCUGUGCCGUGCCUGGUGAUGACCAUGGGGUCAUUCUCCUGAGCAGACUGCUCUGUACUCAGCCACCUGGCCAGCAUUCUCCAGUAGAUUCACCAAGCUGGCAGCAUAACGACAGAGCUGUUUGGUACCUGUGGAGUUCCACUGCAAGGGUGUCUGAGCACCUCACUUUUGACUCAGAAAAUCUGCCCUUGCACAGUCCAGCAAGAUGGUUCUGAAGUCCUGGGGACUUGCCAGUUCAGUUCACUGGUUGGAAAGUAUUUUGCCAGGUUACAGCUAUGGCUUAAACACUUGAGGUGAAAGCUGGUGGUGGGGUGUGGAACCAUGGGUUCACCAGCAGCCUUUGUGCAUUAGAGGCUCUCUUUGGAGGUUCAGAUGUCCUCAUACCUCUGCUCUGAUACCUGUGUGUUAUACUCUUUCAGGUAUCUACUUGGAAAUAAGAGUGGGGCUCUCAUUUUUUGGCUGAUAGGGAUAAAACAUGUUGCAGUGGGUAUAAGUUGGAGCCAAAGUCAAGGAGUAUAUUUUUAAGCAAAGAAUGGUGCUUUCUCACCACUUCAAUCCCCAUCACAGAAGCUGUACCCUAGAACUGCUGUUCCCUGGGAUGGCCAUGCCAGCAUCAGCAGGGCACACAUGGCCACAAGCUGUUCUGCCCACUGGCAGAUAAAGCAACUUAAAGUCUCUGGCCUGCUUACAGCACAAAGUGACCAAAACAACUUCUUCUGCCCUGAAAAUAUCUUAAUUCCUGGUAGGUUAAGAAAUGACCCUGUGCUGGUAUAGCUCAGUGUUGCUAAAUGCAUCUUCUGAGGCUUUUGAAACAGAUACCCAAGAGCAGAUGGUACUAAUCACUGCUGUAGUGGCAUACUCAGCUCCUGUUUUUGUGGUUUCUAAAGGCCUGUUUUGGCAAGACUUUUUUUUUAAGCUAUUUGGGAAAGAACAUACAAGCUUUUGACACACAGUUCUAUGUAAAAUCUCUUUAGUUUUGCCAAUGGUGUUUAUUUACAGAGACCCUGCAUAUUGUAGAGGCCACUGCUUGUUCCUGGUGAUUCCCUAGAAUGGAAACUUGAACCAAUGAUUUUUGUAAAUGAAUACGCAAUAAAUCUGUGGAAAAGCUUCUCUCUUAA